AUGGCCACCGAACCGCCCGAGGAUGCGAUCGCGAAUUUCGUCAGCUUCACCAGCACGACGCGCGAGCAAGCUAUCAGCUUCCUCAAGGCAAACAAUCUCGACUCGCAAAAGGCCAUCAACGCCUACUUCGAAGAUCCAACGGGGUCCCAACUAAAGACAAGCGGUUUUUACAGCGAGAGCAAUACUUCGUGUACGAAGAUUAAUCCCACUUCAUUUUCAUCAGUCGCUGAUGCACUCUUUUCUUUUCUAGCAUUCGCAUAUGGCCCGCAAGACAACCCGUCCCGAGUACCCGCGACAGCUCCUCCCUCUCGCCCUCCGUCCCGAGUGAAUAUUCAUGAACAAACUGAAACUGCCGCAUUCGAGAGUACUGCAGUAACGGCUGCUCAGGGUACUGCAGGCAAUGCGCCGUCUGGACAGGGACUGACUCUGGCCGAGCGUGAGGAGCAAGAGCUCCAACAGGCAGUUGCAAUGUCUUUGAAUCAAGGAAUCGAAAAGCAGGAGUCUGGUGUCAUCACAACCACGACUAACGAGCAACAACAAGCCCACUUUGGGAAAGCUAUGCGCGAACAUUACGAGGAAGCGGAUUGGGGGAUGACUCUUUUCAAUGAGACUUCUCAGGAAGUUAUCCUUAGUCCCGACCCAGAGGAUCGCAAACGAGUUGAGGGCGAGCCAGCAUUCAUUCGCCCCACGAAUGACAACCUCUACCUGGGAGGCUUCCUCACAAUUCUCCACGAGAUUCCUCUGGCGCGCGAAGCCCUCUUGCUACGGAAUAAGAUGCUAUUUGACUAUGGACAGGAGUCGCAAUGGUGGAGUGGGCAGCCCAUCAAUCUCCCGAAGAUUGUGACCGUCCAUGAUCAACAGAACGGGGACAAUGACUGGGACGAUAUCAUUUACGAAUCACAGCGGCUUAUGGCAUUUUUGGACUCAACAAAGCGCUCAUUUGGCAGCAGCGAUGCCCUUGCCAACCUCAAAGACAUAACCUCAUUCUCCUCCGACUCGGAAGAAGUCGUCGCGCGGUUCUUAGAAACCUGGCAUGCUGCAGCAAUCAGGGCUGCUCCCGACAGCCCUCUCACAACAGCUUUCAUGUCACACGCCUACAAGCGAACUCCUUUUGACGAGGGGGAUGACGCCAUGUCGAGAGAACUCUUUGUAUUUGAGCCUGUUGUCGAGCAAGAAAAUGGCCAGACCCUCUAUGAUCUAUUAGACACCGCGAUCUGGAGUGAUAGGCCUGGGGAGGAACUUGAUGAUGUCUGGCUUGAACAUGUGGGUGAGGUGAUCACAAUGAAGCUCGACUCCUACAAUAACGGAAAGUCCGUGAACGUCAAGGCGCCCGCCGUCUUCUAUCCCGACCGGUACAUGAGCAGUUGUCGAGAGCUUGCGCGUGAGCUCCGCACUAAGCGACUGCGCGUCCAAGAAGAGAUUCAGGAAUUGGAGGCCGUCAUGGCUCGUUAUACCACACCUCAAAAUAUCCAAGGCAACCUAACCAUCAAGCACCUUCUUGAGAAAGCUGCAGCCGCGGCUAAAGUGGCCGUGUCGAAGAAACCAGCGAACGGAACAGAGUCAACGGAGACCGAAAUCACGACCGAGAAAGCCGAUCAAAUCUCGAAGGAGCUCUUGGCGAUCUCUGAUAGGAUCGACUCUAAACUUAAAGACCUGGAUGCUAGGAAACAAAGCGCCAUGGAAACAUUGCGCGGCUACUCUAAACGGCUCACGGAGGCACCAGAAGCCCCCGGUGAGCCUCCUCUCCGCAAAUACACUUUGCGGGGCGUUUGCACGGAGCCUCAUGUUACCUACAUUCUGAAGCGCGCCGAUGCGAAUGGGUCUGGCGAUUUGAUGGAUCUUGAUGGUGAGCAGGCGAUUGGAGAUCAAUGGUGGAGGAUCAGUUAUUCCACCGAAGAUGGGAAGACCCGCCAGGCUGCCAAGAGGGAAGCACAAGGCAACUCGGUGGCCAGUCAAGAUGGCGAUGUCAUCGGUUACACAGCCCGCAAAGUGCGCGAGAUUGAAGUUCUCCGAGCCGCUCGUGAAGAGUGGAGGUCAGUCUUGCUUGUCUACGCAAGUGACGCUGCCGUCAAUGCUCCAGUGGAACCCGCGCCUACUCAACUUCAGGGCUUCGUGAACAAGGAUAACGAGGCCUUUGCUGCCGAGUGUGAACAAGCCGCCGCCAACCCAUUAGAAAAGAAUGGCCAGCAUCCAGCCCAGUCGAACGAUGCCGACAAUCAACAACAGCAGGCUCCACCGCGACCCGCCCAGCAGGUAAACGUCUUUGACUAUCAGGUUUCGAAUUUUGGUAAUGACAGUGAUUGCGAACAGGAAAUGCAGGAGAGGAAAGGGUCAAUUCUCCUAGGCACGAGUUAUGGAACUAACGGUGCUGGCAUCUCUCAUGCCCUGGAUGAUGAUACGGAGUGGCACGUGGAAGGCGACACUGAAAUGGCUGACCACGUUGAGAAUGCCAAUGGCUCUAACUAG